AUGUCAAAACGUUCAUCGCCGGAAAGCGACGAUGAAUCUGCUGAUGGUUUUCAUGAACCAAUGUCGAAAAAGCGACACGUUGAAUUCGAACCAAUUCGCAUCUGUUCCGUAAGUGGCACUGUCGACAUUGAUACAAAGGUACUUACAGUGCAGCACUAUAAACUGUCUGAAAGAUUCAAGCUAAAAGAAAAGCAGAAAGACCAGCUGCAGAAAAGAGUUGAGCAGUUAGAAACUAGACAGGCUCAAGAUGAUGCUAUGCUUUGUAUUAUAAACAGGUCAUGGAAUAAGUUUGAUGAGGAAGUGAGGAUUUUGCUGCAAAGGUUCGAUACUGGAACGUCCAUUGAGGAAGAAGUUGCAACGGAAAGUAAGGAGACAAAGAGUUUUUUGGCCAACCUUUCACUUUGGGAAAAUGAGGAAAUCGAAGAAAAGUUGCAACAACGAGUAGAUUUCAGUCGUCGGGCCCUGGCGAAGCUCGUUCAGGUCUUUGAUCGGCUUAUGCAAAGAAAUGAAAAAAUAGCGAAGGCCAUCUCUUCGUGUAACUCUAUUACUGGGGACACAAAUGAAGGAGCAUCUACUUCCAACGACAUGGUUAAUGGAAUGGUUUCAGAACUUAGUGAGGAAAUUGUAAACAGAAAUAAUGACCUAAGUGAAGAAAACGUUCGGUUGCAGAAGUUAGUUACCAAACUACAGGAGGAAAAUUACCGGUUAUCAAAUAAAGUUGCUUCGCAAGAGGAUGAACUUACAAUUAUGGAAACUCAAAAGGAAGAAAUGAGCAACUCUUUAGAAGAAGUCAAAUAUGAGCUGGAAAAGUCGAUGAGGCGUGAAUGUAAACUCGAUUAUCGUCUAGCUGAUUAUGCUCGGAAGGUUCAAAAGUAUGAGCUGAAUGAUGCGAAAAAUGCUAGCGAGAAUGGAGUAGGUCCUCAUGGUAGCUCAAACACGACGAGUAUUAACAAGUCAAAGUUAGAAGACCUAGAACAGUCUCUGGAAAUGGAGAGAGAAUUGGCCGCAAAUAGACUGCAAGAAAUGCAGGAAUUGCAUGAAGAAAAUAAAAAACUGACACGGGAAGUCGAUACUUUUAGUGCUAAGCUGAAGCACAUCCCUACAGAAGUAAUUAAAUCUUCAGUGGAAUAUAAUGCGCUGCAGACUCAGUUCACCAAUCUUUUUGUUGAAGCUACUCAAAUGAGAAAGCAGUUGGAAACUGCAAGGUCUCAGAUGGCCGCUUUGAGGGCUGCACACGCAAAACAGAUCGAGCACAUUGAAAAUGAGGCUUAUCUUGCUCAGCAACGUAUGAAAGACACUGUUGGGGAACUCGAUGAACAGUUAAGUCAAGUUAGACGCGAAUACGAAAUGUUGCGUUUAGAAUUUGAGCAGAAUUUAGCAGCGAACGAGCAAUCAAAUCCUGCCAAUAAGGAAACGCGUAUCAUGCUGUCAACAUACAAAACUCAGAACCAACAACUGAAGCAAGAAUCUAAUCGUUUUAAAAGGAAGUGGAAAGAAGCUGUUGCGUCCUUGGCCAAGGCUAACAAGGAGCUGGAAGGAGAAAAACGAUAUAGAGAGCGUUGUCUUUUAAUUGAGAUUGAAGAAGAUGGUGAUUCGUUAGCCUCUCCAGAUCAAGAAAAAAAUUCUGUUGCUCCUGUCGAUCCCUUUACUUCGGAUGGGUCGAACGCAGAGUUGGGUGAAUCACUGGAUGGUGAAAGCGAUACUGGGCUUCUCCAAAAAACAGUCCAGAAACUAAGACGGAAAGUGGUAGAAUUACAGUCGAAGGUCGAUGCUCUCAAUUCUCUUCCUGCUGACCAGAGGAGCAGAGUAGAGUUACUGGCGAAGGAAAAACGAUUGAGGUUAGAAAAUGAACAGUUGCAAGUUCACUUGAAGAAACUUGUGGGUGCUGAUAGGAAGGAAAAAAUACGUUAUUAUUCGGAAGAGGCACAGAGGAAAAUCAGAAGUUUGGAAGAACUUAAUGAACGUUUACGUAAGGAAGCUCAUUCUGCACGCCAAGAAGAAGAGGGUUUGACUAACGAAGUUGAAACUACAGGCCAAGCAUUUGAAGAAAUGCAGGAGAAGAAUGCUUUAUUAAUUCAGCAACUGAAAGAGAAGGAUGAAGCCAAUUUAAAACUUAUGACAGAGCGUAUUCGUGCCAAUCAGUUCCAAAAGAAGAUGAAUGAAGAGAAAGAGCGCAUUGAAGAACGGGUGAUAAGUUUACAAAAUCAGCUUGAUGCCCAGAUGCUGAUGUUAAAAAGAAUUGAAGAGCGCGAGAAAUUGCAGCUGCAGAAAAAUUCGACAAUGGAGCAGCAACUCAGAAUCGCAGAGCAAGGUUUGGAAGAGCAGAAAAAGAAAGCCCUAGAUUCUGAAAGACUUGCUUCUGAUUAUAAAGCUCAGUUGGAGAAGUGUUCAGGCCAAUUAGCUGAUGCUCAAUCGGCACUUACUUCCAAGAAAUCACAGGAAGCUGACAUUCGCUUCAAUUUGAGGCGCCUUGAGGAGGACCGAAAUAUUUAUAAAAAGAAGUAUGAGCGUUCAAAGAAGCUAGAAAAGGUUGAUAAUUUGGAGCUUGAGCAAGUUCUUAAUGAAGAGAUUCGUGAACUCAAGGACCUUCUUACUUGUCCAUCUUGUAAAAUUAGGAGGAAGGAUGCUGUGCUAACGAAAUGUUUCCACGUUUUUUGUAUGGAGUGCAUGAAAACUCGUUACGAGACACGCCGGAGGAAGUGCCCGAAGUGCAACGCAGCUUUUGGAGCAAAUGAUUACCGUCGUCUUUACAUAACAUAA